AAACCCUGUGAAGUAAAAUCAAUGGGAGAAUGGUUCAACCAACACUCCCCAGCAUACACUGUUUGCACUGAAUUAACUGCUGCUACAUAUCGUUUUUUAGCUUUACUGGACAAUCGUCCACUCCCAAUUCUUCAACAAUUGCCUUGACCAACAGGAGCUGCUCUAAGCCAUAGCAUCUGCUACUCUAUUACACUCUAAUGUUUUGUUUGUUGUUUCUUUGUUUUUUUUGAAUUCCAAAAUCCAAUUACCAAAAUAAAAAAUAAAAAUUUAACUGCGUCCACACCUACCUCUGAACUUUCGUCUUUUCCAUGCCUAUGGCUAUGAGAGUGAUUCAGUUGCGGUGAUUUUCAGCAGAAUGCGCUCUCUAGAUUUGGAUUUUCCAAUACUUUGCUCUCUCCGUUGAUUGAAUUUCUCAUUUUCGGUGUUGAUUUCUCUGAGGAAAAAAGCUAGUUAUAUAUAAUGCUGAAACUAGGUCAGUUUUUAUCAAAAGAUAAUGAAGAGCAAGAGGAGAGCUUGCUGGGUGAGGACUCAGGUGGUCUCUGCUCCCUCUCUCCAACGCAGAGAAUUUUUGGGUUUGCUGCUUGUUUGGUUGCUGGUCUUGCUUGCAUGUUACUGUCAUUGAUUGUUUUUGCGAAACCCAUAAAAUUUGCAUUAUUGUUCACCUUUGGCCACCUGUUAGCAGUUGGAAGUACAGCCUUUCUUCUUGGGCCUGCACAACAAUUGCAAAUGAUGUUAGACCCAGUUCGUGUUUUCGCAACAGCCAUAUUCCUCGGAUGUGUGGUUGUGGCACUUAUUUGUGCUCUCUGGAUCCAUAGUAAGCUGUUAACGAUAAUCGCAAUCAUAAUUGAGAUUGGUGCCCUUAUUUGGUUUUUUCAAGCAUCCUUGCUUGUGGCAAUCCAUCACAAGGCUUAUCAACCUUCAUUACAAUGGAGUUUGUGGCGUCUAGAUCAUCUCUCUUCUUCUUCCAUAUUAUGUAUUUCUUCUACCUUUUUAGUUCCUUUUGAUGUAAGCAAGCUAGAUCCACACUCGGAGGAGGGGGUUUCCUAGCUUGAAUGAGCAUGGAUCAUGGAUCCUUAUCAAGUAGUGCUUUUUUUCCAUCUAAUAACACUUUGUAUUAGUCAACUUGGGUGUGCACGACUGGUCCUAGGUCCUGGAUUUUACCCUCACCUCCUUAUAGGAUGAGAGCUCAAACUCAGGGUCCAAUAAAAUCCUAUUGGUGGACAACUCAGAAGUGAGUAUCUGCUGGUCUUUCCAGCAUGCCACUAGCACCUUGUUUGGUCGCUUGGAGGUAUUUUUUCCCCAUUUUACUACUUUUU